CCCAGGCGGGUAGCGAGGAGACGCUGGUCGCGCUCGCGGUGUACGGUGUGAGGCGGCCGUUUGUUGACACCGUAGCGUUUUCUGCCCCGAGUUUUCUCCUCUAACUUCGCUUGCCUGCCUUUCAAUCAGGAUGUCUGCCCGCGGCCCGGCUAUCGGCAUCGACCUGGGCACCACCUACUCGUGCGUGGGGGUCUUCCAACAUGGCAAGGUCGAGAUCAUCGCCAACGACCAGGGCAACCGCACCACCCCCAGCUACGUAGCCUUCACCGACACCGAGCGCCUGAUCGGCGACGCCGCCAAGAACCAGGUGGCCAUGAACCCCACCAACACCAUCUUCGACGCCAAGAGGCUGAUCGGACGCAAGUUCGAGGACGCCACAGUGCAGUCGGACAUGAAACACUGGCCGUUCCGGGUGGUGAGCGAGGGAGGGAAGCCCAAAGUGCAGGUGGAGUACAAGGGCGAAAUCAAGACCUUCUUCCCGGAGGAGAUCUCCUCCAUGGUCCUCACGAAGAUGAAGGAGAUCGCCGAAGCCUACCUGGGGGGCAAGGUGCAGAGCGCGGUCAUCACCGUGCCGGCCUAUUUCAAUGACUCGCAGCGCCAGGCCACCAAGGACGCGGGCACCAUCACCGGCCUCAACGUGCUGCGCAUCAUCAACGAGCCCACGGCGGCGGCCAUCGCUUACGGCCUGGACAAGAAGGGCUGCGCGGGCGGCGAGAAGAACGUGCUCAUCUUUGACCUGGGUGGCGGCACCUUCGACGUGUCCAUCCUGACCAUCGAGGACGGCAUCUUCGAGGUGAAGUCCACCGCCGGGGACACCCACCUGGGCGGCGAGGACUUCGACAACCGCAUGGUGAGCCACCUGGCGGAGGAGUUCAAGCGCAAGCACAAGAAGGACAUUGGGCCCAACAAGCGGGCCGUGCGGCGGCUGCGCACCGCCUGCGAGCGCGCCAAGCGCACCCUGAGCUCGUCUACGCAGGCCAGCAUCGAGAUCGACUCGCUCUACGAGGGCGUGGACUUCUACACGUCCAUCACCCGCGCCCGCUUCGAGGAGCUCAACGCCGACCUCUUCCGCGGGACCCUGGAACCGGUGGAGAAGGCGCUGCGCGACGCCAAGCUGGACAAGGGCCAAAUACAAGAGAUCGUCCUGGUGGGCGGCUCCACGCGCAUCCCCAAGAUCCAGAAGCUGCUGCAGGAUUUCUUCAAUGGCAAGGAGCUGAACAAGAGCAUCAACCCCGACGAGGCGGUGGCUUACGGUGCCGCGGUGCAGGCGGCCAUCCUCAUCGGGGACAAGUCGGAGAACGUGCAAGACCUGCUGCUGCUCGACGUGACCCCGUUGUCGCUGGGCAUCGAGACGGCUGGCGGCGUCAUGACCCCACUCAUCAAGAGAAACACCACCAUCCCUACCAAGCAGACGCAGACCUUCACGACCUACUCAGACAACCAGAGCAGCGUGCUGGUGCAGGUGUACGAGGGCGAACGGGCCAUGACCAAGGACAAUAACCUGCUGGGCAAAUUCGACCUGACCGGGAUUCCCCCCGCGCCCCGCGGCGUCCCCCAGAUCGAGGUCACCUUCGACAUCGACGCCAACGGCAUCCUCAACGUCACCGCCGCCGACAAGAGCACCGGUAAGGAAAACAAAAUCACCAUCACCAACGACAAGGGUCGUCUGAGCAAGGAUGACAUUGACCGGAUGGUGCAGGAGGCGGAGCGGUACAAGUCGGAAGAUGAGGCCAAUCGCGACCGGGUCGCCGCCAAAAACGCAGUGGAGUCCUAUACCUACAACAUCAAGCAGACGGUGGAAGACGAGAAACUGAGGGGCAAGAUUAGCGAGCAGGACAAAAACAAGAUCCUCGACAAGUGCCAGGAGGUGAUCAGCUGGCUCGACCGAAACCAGAUGGCAGAGAAAGACGAGUAUGAACACAAGCAGAAGGAGCUCGAAAGAGUGUGCAACCCCAUCAUCAGCAAACUUUACCAAGGCGGCCCUGGCGGUGGCGGGUCCGGAGCCUCCGGGGGACCGACCAUCGAGGAAGUGGACUAAACUUGCACUCGAGUCAG